GUACAGUGGUUCAAGACUGAGGCAAGUUGCUCUUAUAACUUUCAAGAGAAACAGCUCCAACAGAUUCGUUUUUUACAUUACUCUGAACCUGGUACAUUCAGGUUUCUUGAUUCUAACCUUAUUAUUUGGGGAGUACACUUAAUUCUGAAUUUCUCAAAAGGCUGUACUACUGACUAUCUGCUACACUCUGUUGUUCAUCAUCUGCCAGAAAAAGAUUUGGAUUAUUAG